UUAUUAACCCGCACGGUAAUGAUCAUGUCUGCCCUUCUUCCCCUUAAAUUAACGUGGGUGUCUAACUCCUGAAUUAGAGCUACCAUCUUGUCAUGAAGGAGAGCUUCUUGUCCAAGCUUUGAAUGCUUUCUUGAGCCAAAUUCGUCAAGAGUCUGAUAUCAUUCAAGAUGGUCACUCUGCCCACAAGCAGCCUGAUCCCAUUGUAUUUUUGGAAGAUCCUCAACUUGCAGGUGCUAUGCGUGAAGGAACCAAAGCCGUCCACAAAGCCGCCGAGAACUCUGUCUUCACAAAGCGCUUCCUCCGCGGUCAAAUCAAUCGCGACGAAUAUGGACGAUACAUCAACUCACUGUACUUUGUUUACAACUCCAUGGAAGGGCUCCUUGAGAAACAUAAAGAGCAUCCUACUGUGAAGCUUAUUUACUUCCCUACUGAGGUCAAUCAUCUUGAAUACUACUAUGGCAAAGACCAGGUUCCAGAUCUCAUUGCCUUGGAUAAAAUGACUCCUGCAGUCAAGGAAUAUGUGGACGCCAUGGAGUCAGCUUGCGCAAAGAACCCUGCAUUGUUGAUUGCUCACAGCUAUUCUCGAUAUUUGGGAGAUCUUUCAGGUGGUCAGAUUUUGGCAAAGAGAUUGAAGACUCAUAUUUUCCAUUUGUCCGAGAAAGAUGCCGAAUGGGAUACCACCGAAGGAUUGAACUUUUAUCAUUUUGAAGCCAUCGGCAAUGUACCUGAGUUCAAGGAGAUGUACAGAGAACGUCUUAACGCUGCCAAAGUCGAUGCUCCCACCAGAGAUUUGGUGGUGACUGAAGCUGUAAAGUCUUUCCAAUUGAACAUUGCGUUGUUUGAUGAAGUUGAGGAAUUGUCGCAAAAGCACUUGUUGGCUCCUACUUUAUUGCGCGGCGAGAUCAAUGUCCCUGAGCCCGCUGGAUUACCCAAGUCUCACGAGAAGAGAUCAAAGAAAUCAUGGACCAUUGCUACCUCCGUCGCCGUUGCUGUUGCUGCUGUUGCUGUUGGAGCCUUGAUCUACAAGAGAGUCCAGAAAGCAUAAGUGUUGCCAAGGUCAUGGUGAUUUCUAGGCCGUUUUUUCUUUUCUAUAUUUCCUCGAUCCGAAACGUUAUAGCGAGCUUUGCCUCUAAAGUAGCGAUCAUUGAGUGAUGUAUUGAUAUCUUCUACCUCCCAACUCGUUAAACCAACCCCAUUGAUCAUUAGACGUGCCCACCAAGCACAAAACCAUAAUCACAAAUAAAGGAACCAUAAAAAUCAAAGAAAAAAAAAAUAUUAUCCAAACAAAACAAACCAACUCCCAUGACAAAAGUUCAUUCUCAAACUGCGUAUCAAUGUUAAACCGCAAUCAUUGUUUCAGGGACA